GUUUUUGCUUAACAAUGUCAGCCCGCUGGAUCUUACAAUGGCUGUAAUAAUAAUCCACGUGAUGCUUGCUGUAAUAAUGRCGGCUACUUUCAGAGUCUACGGCUCAAUAACCACAACGUCUACCAACGAAGAAUGUGUUGACCUGCUGCCAAAUAGAUGUGAAAUAAAGUACUGUUCGUAUCCAGCUGGAGUUACUCAGUGUCAGAAGACAUGCAAUAUCUGUACUCCUGUUACCCCUACUAAUUCAACAUUCAACAAUGGAUCAACAACUACAGCAAAGCUAACCACAACUAUAACAAAUACAGCGACUAUCAAUAGCACAAUCAGCACUUCCUCUGUUCGAAACUCUACACUUUCCACGAACUCAGGCUCUCAUUCUAGUAAAAGAUCAGUGCUUUUUGUGCCUGUAAUGCUACUAUGGUUACUUUAUAGACAUUUAACAGAGUUAGGUAGCUGAAUCAUGUGACGUCAUCAAAAUGAGCAGCAUCGAUGAUGUGCGGUAGGAGUUGAAUAGCUGACAUUUCCACGAAUUCACUUAUGCUUCAUAAGAUUUAGUGAUUAGAAAACAGUUUUUAAUGUGCUAAAUGGGUCCUAUCUCGAUAAAGCUCUCACAUUAUGGUGCUAUAAUAGCUCACAAUAUCAGUAACAUAAACUGCAACAGUAACAUAAACUGCCGAUAAAAACUUUGUAUCUGACUGCUUACAAUUUCUCUGUAACUGACCUCCCAGUAGUUCUUCCUCCCAAUGCUAUGCCGGGUUCUGUUUGCAGCACGCAAUUACAAUGUGCAUCCAAGCCAUGAAAUCGUGAAGUCGUUUUAUUUUCUAGCAUUAAUUUUUGCUCAGCGACACAUCUUAAACAAGUAUUUUUCGCUGGAAAUGCAAACAGGAAACAAAGACAGACAUUGCAUUUCUGAGCGGCAAAUAAAGAGCGUGUUAGACAGCACCAAUAUGUAUUUUCAAAAUUAUGUAAAGCAAUUGAAAAAAUGUCUAAUUGUGUUAUGCCCAGAAUUUUAUUUAAAAGUUGUAUUUCAAACCUUAAAGUAAAUUUUAUAAUAAAUUUAUAUGAGCGAA